UUUGACAUUACUAUGUUGCCCAAGUUAAUUUUCUCGUUUUAAAAACAAAAGGAAUAGCUAUUUAUAGUUGUUGCUAUAAUUUUUAUAUUAAGUUACGACAUUUUAACAAUAUUUUAAGAAUAACACAAAAAUGAUGCAAAAUUAUUUGCUCUCAAUUUCAAAGCAUGGAAUGAAGAAAAGUUUGUUUAAACACCUAAUUCAAUGUUUGCGUCAUGAAUCAACAAGACCUCCACUUACAUUAUUGUCUACAGAAGAAAGUAUGUUUCAAGAAUCUACUCGAAAAUUUGCUUUAGAGAAAGUAAAACCCUUCGUUAAAGAAAUGGAUGAAAAGUCAGCUUUGGAUCCUAAUAUUAUUAAAGGUUUAUUUGAACAAGGGUUCAUGGGAAUGGAAAUUCCAGAAAAGUAUGGUGGUAGUGGUUCUUCUUUCAUGUCAAUGAUUACUGUCAUUGAAGAGUUAGCUCGGAUCGAUCCAUCUGUCAGUAUUAUAUGUGAUGUACAAAACACACUAGUAAAUGCUCUGCUCAUACAAUUAGCAACUGAAGAUCAAAAAAAAGAAUAUCUACCAAAGCUAGCCACUUCAAUGGUCGGUUGUUUUAACUUAUCUGAGGCUGGAUCUGGUAGCGAUGCAUUUGCAAUGAAAGCAACAGCAAAGCAAGUUGGAGAUGAUUACAUUAUAAAUGCAAACAAACUGUGGAUCUCAAAUGCAGAGCAUGCUGGUUUAUUUUUAGUUUUUGCUAAUGCUAAACCAGACCUAUUAAAUACAAAUCCAAGCAAAGCAUAUAAAGGAAUUACUUGCUUUUUGGUACCUAAAGACACUAAGGGUUUAGUUGUUGGUAAAAAGGAAGACAAACUUGGUAUAAGAGCUUCUAGCACAUGUCCAGUUGAUUAUACAGAUGUUAGGGUUCCUAAAAGUAGCAUUCUAGGUGAGCUUGGGUUGGGUUACAAAUACGCUAUUGAAUGCUUAAAUAUUGGUAGAAUUGGCAUUGGAGCUCAGAUGAUUGGAUUGGCACAAGGAGCAAUGGAUAUAGCAGUUCCUUAUACAAAAGAGAGACAACAAUUCAACAAAAAAAUAUUUGAUUUUCAAGGCUUGCAACACCAAAUAUCUGAUGUUGCUACAAAACUAGAGGCUGCAAGACUACUUGUAUACAAUGCUGCGCGUUUAAAAGAAGCAAAUAAAGACUUUGUUAUGCAAGCAGCUAUGGCUAAAUACUAUUCUUCUGAGGUUGCGACUUUAGCUACAAGUAAAUGCAUUGAAUGGAUGGGUGGUGUUGGGUUUUCUAAAGAGUAUCCAAUAGAAAAGUUUUAUAGAGACUGUAAAAUAGGUUGCAUAUACGAAGGAACUAGCAAUAUUCAGCUUAACACUAUUGCUAAACUGUUACCAUAUUAAGUACUAUAGUUAACAUGGAAGCUUUUAUAUAAUAUAAAUAUUGUUAUCUGUUAAAUUAUUUAUUAUUAAUAGUAAAAGUAUUGAAUAAACUUGUCUUGUUUGUCAAACAAAUUCAAAAUGUUUUGAUAAUGUUUUUAUUGUUGGUAAAUAAAGUAUAUUGUUAGUUU